AUGGAAAAUGCAGUAGAAGUUGAUCAAAAACCGAAUUGGAUCCUAGCAGUUUUGGUGGCUCUAUUCGCAUCUACAUCAUGGUUGAGCUUGAGCUCAUUUUGGGUUGAACAAGGCAUUCACACUCAAAUAUUGCCCGAGGGAUGGCAACUUGGCGCUACUUUGACCAUUAUCAUUCAGGUAAACUUUUAUAAUAAGUUAACACUUUUUCAAAAAAAAAUUUUAAAAAUUUCAAAAAAAUUCAAACAAAAUUUUGGUUCUCAUGAAGAAUAACUCCCCAGCAGGUGAAUAAUAAUGCCCCAUGGAAAUGAGCUACAAUCAUUCCCCACAUUCAAAUUUUAAAAUUUUUUUUUCAAUUUCUCAUUCUUUCAUUUUGUUUGCUGAAUUAUGGUCGGACCGCGAACUUACGAAGGAAUCACUGAUGAAAUUGCCAAAAGUAAAAAAAAACAACCGUUGUGUCCUACUCCGUAUUACACUAUCAUGGCCCGCUCGAAUUGCUAUCAUGCCCUACAUGUAUUACUAUCAUGCCCCACUUGUUUUACUAUGAUGCCCCACAUGUGUUACUAUCAUGCCCCACCUGUUUUACUAUCAUGCCCCACUUGUUUUACUAUGAUGCCCCACAUGUAUUACUAUCAUGCCCCACCUGUUUUACUAUCAUGCCCCACUUGUUUUACUAUCAUGCCCCAGACUUAGAAAACCCUUAGUCACUUUCCCAUUGCACUUUGAAAGUCUAUUCAUUAUUCAAAACUUGGUUUACACUUUCAAAGUUUAUGCAAAAAAUCCCUAUAAAAGCAACCGAUUUCCCCAGAAAUCGUCAUUCGAGCCAAGUUCCGAGGUCGUCAGCCGGUUCUUCCUCCAGCCCCUCAUCGCGCGAUGGUCUCACCAGCUCCAACACUUAGGUCGUUGCCAACCCUCACCUGUGCCAAACGUUCUGGACUAGUACAAGUUAAGUUCAACUUAACUUUGUGGGGAAUGAUUUUGCGCUUGGGGGAAUGAUUGUAGCUGGGGGAAUGAUUGUUCAUCGGCCCCAAAAUUUUUAAUACAAAAAAAAUGCCAAUUUCAAGUUCAAAACGCGAAUUUUUAGCUCAAAAUGCCGAAAAACCGUUAAUUUUCAGAUCUCAGCGCUCCUAGGACUAGCCUACACCAUAAUAGAAAACUGUACCAAUAUCAAGCCAAAAACAGCACCAAUCAUAUUGGUAUCACUAAUUGUACUAUGUCUUACUAUAAUCCCUAUUGGCUUCUACAAUGAAGUUACAGUAGAAAUUGCCGGUAAACAAAGGUCGAUCGUUUUAUAUACUGGCAUGUUCUUUGCUGGAGGCUUGGCCAUCUUAUCAGACAUGUUAUUCAUACCUUAUAUGAAGAAUCUGCCCGAAAUCUACUUUCAAGCCUACUUUUUUGGGGUUGGACUCAGUAACUUGGUGCCUAGCAUUCUUAGUGUUAUACAAGGUGGGUUCUAUUAGUAUAUCCAGCUGGAAGUAUCGUAUUUUACAAAAUUCUUGAUGACUUCAGACGCCUCAACCUACGACUGCGUCCCAGCACCAAAAUCUCUGGAACUAGUUCCAAAAUUCAGUCACCUUCGCUACAGUGUCAGCACCUUUUACACUAUCAUCUUCCUGUGGUGUUGUUUAGGAACAGCAGCCUUUUUGUUAAUUCAUUUCGGCCGAAAACGCAUUGACAAGCUGUGGUAUGGUUCAAGUGUCCAUAGUGUUUCUACUGAUGAAAAUAUCAUUGUUGUGACUAAAAAGCUGCGAAGCAAAUACAAUGAAGAUGCCUUAUUGAAUGACAAGAAAGACUAUAUUGUGAUGAUUUUACUGGGAUUGGUGUCUGGACAAAUCAACGUGUUCUUACCUAGUUUACAAAGCUUUGUUGUGCUGCCGUAUUCAUCGGUAAUUUAAAACAAGAGUACAGAAUAUAUUUUAAAAAACCCAACAUCAUCUAUUAAAUUUUAUAUCGCAAGCCCUUAUGGAUAAAAUAACUUUUCAGAAAACCUAUUUCUGGUCAUUAGCCAUAGGAUCAGCUUUAUCACCAUUCUCCGCAGUUGUCGCUCAUAUUUUUCCAAUCCUAAAGCUAAAGUUAUUAACAUUAUUUACCGUUAUUACAACUGUAGCCAGUGCAAUAUGCUUAAUCAUUGCUUUACACAGCCCAUACCCAUGGUUACACGAAACCAAAAUAGGCAGUGUUCUUAUUGUGAGUUUGUUUUUGUUUUUCAUAUUUAAAAAAUACAAUUACUACUUCAAUAUUAUCCUAUAUGUUAUUUUAUUUUAGCCUAACAUUCACCUUUCAACAAAUUUUAAAUAUUAAAAGUAAAUUUUGCUAACUUGGAAUCUUAUAAAUCAAAAUCACUACUUAUAUUUCAGAUACUUUUAACAAUGACAGUGUACUUCGUUGGACAUUACUGUCGUAACAUGUUAUUCGAAGUAAUCAGACGCACCUCCACAAAUGAAGACCUAAAACAUCGAAGACUUGUUUUUGGAGGCUUUGCUGGACAAGUCGGCUGCUUAUUGGCUACUAUUAUCAUCUUCCCAACUAUUAAUAUCUUUGAACUCUUCAAAAGCGUUCCACCAUGUUAA